AGAUAUACGUGAACACACGGGUUUGAAUGAUUUAGAGUUGAAAAGGGUCAUGAAGAUCAGUUCUUCUCUGCAAACUGAAACUCACCAAGAAAAUGAUGCUACGCGAAGAUCAGUUGAUGAAGAUCGUAAACUUUAUCUGCAGGCGUCUAUUGUUCGAGUGAUGAAAUCACGCAAGUCUUUGACACAUACAUCAUUAGUACAAGAAGUCAUUAAUCAGGCAAAGUCACGAUUCAAUCCUAGUAUGCCGAUGAUUAAAAAGUGCAUUGAGCAGCUACUAGAAAAACAAUAUAUUCAACGGA